AAACCUACAUAAACCUGGCUUACUGCCUACAAAAAUAUACAUUUAUAGAUAACCGUGCAGGGGUGGGCGAUUCUUGGUCUCUACAGAAAACAUUAAGAUAAACUAAGACUAAAGAGUCUAAAACAAAAUCUAUUUUUUAUCGUUUUAUUUAACACCUGUCUUUUAGAAAACCAGCUUUGCCUGCCCCUGCACUGGGGAAUAAGGCCCCAUCCGUGAGAUUUCCGUCCCCAAAUCUUACUAUGGAGCGGGACCCAAAAGAGGAAAUGUCGUCAAUCAUCCCGUUGAAGCCACUGCGGCUUCCUAAAAGUUUAACUAAUAUAUUCCCCGGACGACCAACAAGCCUCCACAUCGUCUUUUACAUCAAAAAAGAUUCAGACGACCACGUUUUGAAACUAACAGUUAAGAGACAACAGACAAGGGAAGGACACCGUCAAGAGGAUGCUGAUAGAACAACCUUUUCUUUUCAAUUUCAUUUAAAUUGUCACGAAUUUCAAAAUAUGCAUCCUGAACAAUGUAAUAAUGUGUGUAUUGGUGCUGAAAAGUUUGAGUCUUUCAAAGAUACUAACUCUAAUGAAUAUCAGGGACAGGAAGGUCAAUAUACAGUUGGUUUUUUGUUGGCUAAAGGACAUGAAACAAUAUUUUUUUCUGUUCCCAAGCCAAUUUAUCCCAAAAGAAAUAGUCCCGCUGUAAAAGUGCACACAGAAGAAAUGAUCAUACAACAAAUUAUUGAUUAUCUGACAAAAAAUGGUUACAAAAUACCAGAAGGAGCAAUUAUUGUUUUAUAUUCCCCCAACAGCCCAUGUCUUAAGAAAGAAAAUACUAAAGAUCAUUGUAUGUUGCAGCUUUUAUUUUACGCCAACCAAUGGAAGAUUAAAUAUGGAAUACGUACCAUUGUUUUGUUCACAAAAUAUUGGGGACCUAUUGGAUCGAAUUGUUCUGAAGUUAUUCAAAGUGUUCCUGAUCGAUUCGCCGAACAAAACAGAAAAUUUACCAUCAAGCGGAGCCGUAAACAAUUGAAGAAUUUGUUCAAACAUAAGGAUACACAAGUGAACUUUUCCAUGGUUCCAGAAAAAGAUAGGAACACCUUAAGAGAGGAAGUCACCAAUAUAAGUAAGGCUAUUGAAUUCUUGGUUAAUAAAAAUAAAUCGUUGACCACUCAUGAACAUUUGCAUGAGGGACAGAAAGUGAUUGAAUCGUGCACAUGUAAACCAGAAAUUAGAGAAAAGUUUUUUAAUGUUUGGCAGGAAGAGGUAAAAAGGCAGGAAAAGGAAUGUAUAGGUAAAGAAUGGAUACGAUUAGAGAACUCUCGAAUAGUAAAGUCAUUUCUACAAAACUUUAAUUCAGGGGAGAAGAGUCCUAUACAGUUUUAUCAGAUCCCUCCGUUGAUGGAUUUGAGAAUUCUUCAUCCAUACGAGUCAAAUGCUUAAUCUUGCCCAAGGACAGAUAUGGAAGACUGGCCCUAACCAUAACCCUCUUGCGGCUGUAUUUUUUAAAUUUGUUUUAAAUUCAUUCGUUUAAAAAAAUUAAAACCUGAAUUCCCCUUUAAUUGCAUUAAUUGGAUCUUUGUUGUCUGCUCUUAUCUUUAAUAAAACCAAUUCAAUUGAG